AUUCAAGCAUUUGAAAAUUCUGUUGAAAUAUAUUCACCUACUCAAGGUUGGUACCCUAUUGGUUCAGAUUUAUGUAUUAAAUGGAGUUUUAUUGGGUAUGAUGGAAAUAGGGCAAUUCGCGGCGAACCACGAACCACCCCAACAGCAAAAAAUUAUCCAGUUGAGACACCCCGUAGGAUGUUCAAGACAGCAGCCACCAGCUUGAGUGCAAUGCCAGUAGCCACCGCCUACACAACCACCUUGUUGAUCAUGGUUGUAUCCUGGCAGAAUCCAUCACGUGGUUAUUUACUUGUCAGAUUUUUAGACAUUUUUAAAGGUUAG